GGUUCUGGGAGGAUUCUCCUCGACAACGUGCACUGCAGAGGAGAUGAGCAGCACCUUGAGGAAUGCUCCCAUGUCGGCUGGUUUUCCCACAACUGUGCUCACGGGGAAGAUGCCAGCGUGAUCUGCUCAGGUCACCCAUUAGCUGCCCCGGCAAGGACAGUGGGCACAGUCUUGACUGCACCAAUGAGUAUUUUGAAAUCCUGGACGGCCCUCCAUCCUCAACGAAGUCAUUGGGAAAGACCUGCUCUGGCUUCCACCCCACCUACGUCUCCUCCUCCAGCUCAAUGACCCUCGUGUAUUUCCGAAGCUUCAACAACCUAGGAAAAAACUUCAUUGCUUAUUAUUAUUCUGCAACCAAAGAGGCAGUGUCGCAGACCCCACAUCUAAUCACCAUCCCAACAGCAACACCCAGGACAGUAACAGCAAGAGCAGGGGAUUGGCCAGAGCUUCGGCUGAUGGGUGGCUCUGGCCGGUGCUCAGGACGCGUGGAGAUUCUCCACCAGGGCACCUGGGGCACCGUGUGCGAUGACCUGUGGGACCUGAAUGAAGCUGAGGUUGUGUGCCGGCAGCUUGGGUGUGGUCGAGCCAUGUCUGCCCUUGGGAAGGCCCACUUUGGCCCCGGCUCAGGAGACAUCUUCCUGGAUAACCUCCAGUGUGCUGGUGUGGAGCGCUAUCUGGGCCAGUGCGCCCACUCGGGCUGGACAGAGCACAACUGUGGCCACCAUGAGGAUGCCAGUGUCAUCUGCUCAGAUGCAGAAGACCUAUCUCCAGCCACAGCUCCAGGUUCUUCUGCAGCUUCUCAGGAUCACAUAAAAGAAGGAAAUAACUCUUGUGGAGGGGUCAUUUCUAGAUUCUCUGGCUCAUUUUCUAGUCCACAGUAUCCAGAAAACUACCCAACAAACAUCCAAUGUGUUUGGAAGAUCCACGUGGAUACAAAAUUUUGCAUAGAACUCAUAAUUCCAAGUUUGAAACUGGAAGAUAUCCUUGGAUGUCCCUAUGACUCUGUUGAAAUCUUCGAUGGUCCCAGGAUUGCCUCACUCUCCAUGGGGAAGUUCUGUGCCCCUGCAACUGUGAUCUUCUUCUCCUCCUCACACAUCAUGACAGUGGUGUUCCAAAGUGAUUCUAUAAUAACCAACACUGGCUUUUAUGCUCUUUUUAACGCCAUUCCUCAGGGUGAAAGGCAGUCAGAUGCUGGAGGCUGGGCUCCAGUUGUGACUCCUGCACCCCCAGCUACCAUUCCUCCAGCCCCUAUACCACAAGGAGGAAGUAACUCUUGUGGAGGAGUAAUUUCAAGUCUAUCAGGUUCCUUCUCCAGUCCUUGGUACCCUACAAACUACCCCACCAACGUGGAAUGUGUCUGGGUGAUACACGUGGCUGAGAAAUUCCACAUAGAACUGAUGAUCCCAAGCCUCAAAUUAGAGGACAUCUAUGGGUGUCCUUAUGACUUUAUUGAACUGUUCGAUGGACCACAGGCUGCCUCACUCUCCAUGGGCCGGUUUUGUGCUGGGGCAGAGCUCAUGUUCCUCUCUUCUUCAAACAUCAUGACUGCAAUGUUCAGAAGUGACGCCGUGAUCACCAACACAGGGUUUUAUGCUCUGUACAAUACAGUUCAGCAAGAUGAAAGGGAGAGCGGUAUGUCCCUGCGACUGGUGAAUGGCAGCCACAGGUGUGAGGGCCGGGUGGAGGUCUCCUACAAUGGCACCUGGGGCACGGUGUGCGAUGACAGCUGGGACCUGAUGGAUGCCAGGGUGGUGUGCCAGCAACUCGGCUGUGGUGAGGCCCUGUCAGCCCUGUCUCAGAGCUACUUUGAUGGUGGCACUGGCCACAUCGUUCUGGAUGACGUGCAGUGCACAGGAAGUGAAGCCAAGGUGUGGCGAUGCAUGCACAACGGGUGGUUCUCCCAUAACUGUGGACACCACGAGGAUGCCAGCGUCAUCUGCUCAGGUGUUGAUGGCAAACCAAACGUAGAACCAACAGAUUCCACUGGUGACAAUCACCCUACAGAUGAAAAUUUCCACUGUGGCGGUUUGCUCACAAAUAAUUCAGGCUCCUUCUCCAGUCCUUGGUAUCCUAAAAAUUAUCCCACAAAUGUGGUGUGCACUUGGGACAUACAAGCGGAUGUUGGGGCUCAUGUGAGACUUACAUUUGAAGAGGUGAAAAUGGAAGAUUCCUAUGGUUGUCCAUAUGACUUCAUUGAAAUCUUUGAUGGCCCACAGAGUGAACCUUUUUCGCUAGGGAGAUUCUGUUCCAGGAAGAUCCCAGUAUUUACCUCCUCCUACAACCGCAUGUCAGUGGUGUUCCGUAGCGACGCCAUCAUCACCAACAUCGGCUUCUAUGCAUCUUAUGAGUCUCUUGUGCAAGAUGAGAAUGAUACCGGUUUAGGUAGACUGAAGGGAGAUGAGCUACCCACGCUGUCUGUGCCUUCCACUGCCUCUCUGCCUUACCUAGAAGCAUCUGCUGCUGUGAGUUACCCAACCUCAGCAUCUUUUCCAAAGCCAACGGAGGUGUCCACAUUGACAGGUCUGGAACUGCGGCUGGUGAACGGGUCCAGCAGAUGUGAGGGCCGAGUCGAGCUCUACCACGUCAAUGUCUGGGGCACUGUGUGUGAUGACAGCUGGUCCAUAGAGGAUGCCCAUGUGGUCUGCAAGCAGCUGGGCUGUGGCCUGGCUGUUUCUGCCCUCCCAGGAGCCAGCUUCAGCCCUGGGUCAGGGAGCAUCCUCCUUGAUGAUGUCAACUGCACUGGAACAGAGUCCUCCCUGGGGCAGUGCCCUCACAGCGGUUGGUUCAUCCACAACUGUGGACAUCAUGAAGAUGCUGGUGUCAUCUGCUCAGAUUCUGCAGCUGCUGGACAUUCAGUUUCUUCAACUUCUGGGGAGCAUCCAAGAAUUUUUAAUCUAACAGCUGCUGAAGUUGCCCCAGCAUUGACAGAAAUGGUCCCCAGCAUUGUGAAAAUCUCAGUGGAUGAAAAGAUGGCCCCUGUACUUGAGCCGCCCCUGCGCCUGGUGGGCACGCGGAGCCGCUGCGAGGGCCGGGUGGAGCUGCAGCACCAGGGCGUGUGGGGCACGGUGUGCGACGACCACUGGAACAUCAGGAACGCCCGCGUGGUGUGCCGCCUCCUGGGCUGCGGCCGCGCUCUGGGUGCCCCGGGCCGCGGUCGCUUCGGCCGGGGCACCGGGCCCAUCCUGCUGGACGACGUGCGCUGCGCCGGCAACGAGGAUGCGCUGGAGCGCUGCGCCCACUCGGGCUGGGGCCGGCACAACUGCCAGCACCGCGAGGACGCGGGCGUGGUGUGCGCAGGUCCAGCUGACUCUCUUGUGCCUAAGGACAAUGCCCAGCUAUCCUGCUUGCCGCACCUCUUCCAAGCUGUCAUUGACCGAGGCUACCUCCGGAGGCUGGGCUACUCCUCCUGGGACAUCCACUUAAACGAUGAGCUAUGUCGUCCCCAAGUCACUGGGCGUUACCUGAUCUUCAAUAUUCCCUAUGGCCACUGUGGCACCAUCCAGCAGGAGCACCUCGGCUCCCUCAGCUACUCCAACUCCAUCAGAGGCCGGACGUGGGGCCACCCUGGCCGAGUCACUGUGCGGCACAAGGUGCCUGAGCUGAAGUUCACCUGCAGGGUGGAUGGCCCAGCUACAGUCGAAAUCAUUCGUGGGGAUGACACCCUGAUGGAGGGUGCUGGCUACACUGUGUCCAUAUCCUUUCUCCAGUCCCCCGAGUCCCAGCAUGUGGGAGGCAUGGUGCCCUACUAUGCCAGCCAGAGGAAAGAGGUCUUCCUCCAAGCCACGCUCCACAGCCCCGAUCCCAGCCUGAGGCUCUUCGUGGAUACUUGUGUGGCUUCUCCAGAUCCCCAUGAUUUUACAACCAUCAAGUAUGAUUUGAUCCGGCAGGGGUGCAUCAAAGACAAUACCUACGUCAACCUCCACCCCCGCCAGAAGAACAUGGCUCAGUUCAAGUUCAAUGCCUUCAGCUUUCUUGACAGCUAUGAUGUCGUAUAUUUACAGUGUAAGGUUGCAGUGUGCAAAGUGGGGGAUUAUGCCUCUCGCUGCUCCCAGGGCUGUGCAGGGCAGAGUAGGAGAGGUGCAGGCCCUGUGGAGUCCAAGGAAGAGCAGACUGAGCAUUUCCAAAUGGUGGGGCCACUGGAGAUCCGCAAAGCCACUGCUCAGAAGGAGACUCUUGAGUGAUUCAUGUGAAUCUGUAGAAAGCAAAGUCUAUUCCUUUUCAAUAAUGUUUGAAAAAUCAGAAGUUAUCCGUGUAGAGACAGGUCAAAGAAAGAGCCAGACAGGAUUGCUUCUCUAAGCUUUGUUACUAAAUAAAUCUACUCUGAUUACUAAACUUCUAAGGCAAUUACUCUUUGCUGGCUACAAAUAUUGCAUUUUCUAAUUCUUUACUCUUAAGAACUUGAUCAUUGUCUUAAAUUGUAAAAAAUGUUACAAAGAGCAGGGUUAUCUCUCUAUACCCCAUUUCCAAUUUAAAGAUUGUUUUUUGAAGUUGACUGUUUAAUCAUCAGAUGCUAUUACGUGGAUCUCUGUUUUUGUCCUCUGAUGGUAUGAGAAUUUAUUUUCAGCUCUUGGCAAGAGUCUUAUGAAAAAUAAACUGUCAGGAAACCACUACUCAUUUUUUAAAACUCUAACUGGUCAGUUGAAUCAAACAUGUCAUUUACUUAUCACAACAAGCUUUAAUGAUUUUGUUUCAAUGGGAAUAAAUCGGGCCUAGGCUUUGUUGUGUUUUGGUUGUAGCUUGCAAAUGAAAGGCUAAAAUAAAAUCACAGGAGCCACAUGUCUGCUGUCUGAGCUGCUAAUGCAGGGCAGGUGAGCUCCAAAGUGGAGCUUAGCCUGCAAGAGUUCUUUGC